GCGUCAGUGGUUGCCAGUAUCCUUGAUUAUUGACAUUCAACUAAGCUAUUUCUAUGCAUGGGUGCUAUUAGAAGAUGAGUAGUUUAUUUAUCCGGUCUUGUCCAUCUGCUCUGGGUUAUUUCAGCCGGGCGACGUCGUUGUCGGAGUGUCCACUAAAACGGCUUUGUAGUGUUGGUUGUACAGACACCAGAUCUGUAGAGCUGUCCUACAAUGUAUUUGAUGGGAAGAACAAGCAGACCCCUCUGGUAUUACUUCAUGGUCUCUUUGGCAGCAAGUCCAAUUUCCAGUCCAUAGCCAAAGCCUUUGUGCAGCGUACCGGCAGGGAGGUAAUAACAGUGGAUGCUCGCAACCAUGGCAAUAGUGCACACAGCCCCACAAUUACCUAUGAAGCAAUGAGCUUAGACUUACAGAAGCUACUGCGCAGCCUUCAGCUGACUAAGGUGAUUUUGGUUGGGCAUAGCAUGGGUGGAAAGACUGCCAUGACAGUUGCAUUGCAAAAGCCAGAUCUGGUGGAGCGUCUUGUUGUGGUGGACAUUGGCCCUGGAUACACAACUGUGCACACUAGCUUCCCUUCUUAUAUUGCUGCUAUGAAAAUGAUACAGCUGGAUAGCAACAUUCCAAGGUCUACAGCAAAGAGAGUAGCUGAGGAUCAAUUACGAAAUGUCAUCACGGAACCAACAGUGAGACAGUUCUUGCUGACAAAUCUAGUGGAACAGGAUGGACAGUAUAUAUGGAGGGUGAACCUGGAUGCCAUCAUAAGACACAAGAAUGACAUUAUAGGUUUCCCAGAGUUCAGUACCACCUAUUUGGGACCAACACUUUUUCUUGCUGGAGCCAACUCACCAUAUGUCAGCUCAGAAGAUUAUCCUGAAAUCAUUCGCCUGUUUCCAUAUGCUGAUAUUGAAUACAUUGAAGGGGCAGGGCACUGGGUCCAUGCGGAUAAAGCACAAGACUUCUUGAACUCUGUCUGUAGAUUCUUGGAGGCAUUCUAGAGAUUGCUGCUUAUGGCAUCUUAAUCAGGUGGUUGUGGCUUACCAGAGGCACAGUCGAGAUCACUACAUGAUAGCUGAUGUCUGAGUGUUUAAUACACAGCAGGGCACUGCAGUGAAAAACUGCCAGUUCAGAUCUUGUUAGGAAAGUAAUAUAGCACCCAAGAGGUGUGAAACGGAGCAUUUGUAUCUUGUGACUAGUCAGUCUUUUAUUGACGUUUUAACCCUAUAUUUACUAGGGAGUCUUCCAGUGAGAUUGAGAUCUGUUUUAAGGUAAUCUACUCUAAACUGUGUUGCAGACUAGAAGGUUCUUGUGCUGCUUCAAUGAAGCUUCUGUCCAGCAGUGUGUAUUACAGUUGCAAAUGGAUUUGGUCUCAGCAUUCACAGUGUGUUUUGCCUCCUGUGCAGUAUUACAACAUAGACAACUGUAAAAAGUAUUUCAGUAUAGCUGUAUGUGUCAGCAGUGGCAUUUCCUUUGAGAACUAGAAUGUGAAUGUACCUACUACAAUUAUAGGCGUUAAACAUGGCUUUGUAGUUAAAAAAAAAAAAAAAAAAAUUUACAUGAGUAAAACAUGGAAUUGUAUAUCGCUGUGAAUAAUCAUGCAAGCUUAAAUACUGAGUUUCAGUGCAUUUACAUUUUCAUGUCUGUACCUCUACUUUUGGUACGGGUUACAUGAGAAUAAUUUGAGCAAACUGGAAGACCAUAUAGCAUUAAUUACUGGAAAGCACCUGUUACUCAUGAUCUCUUGCUUUUCAGCAGUAGUACUGAUACUACAGUGUUACAUGACUAACCACUCAGUUCCCAUGUUGCCUACAGACCAGUUAAAUUAUUUGUGACAUUUACUUGCAUUACACAGUCUGAUGUGCAUGGAGUGGAUGAGAUAUGUGCCCAGCUUCCAGAAACAUUCAGCAAUUUCCAGGCAAUUUAAAAUCGGAAUCCACUCAUUGUAAAAUUACAGUUGAUAUUAAGUGCUUUCAUCCCUCAGACAGGGACUACAUCAGAAUAUCAAGUUAAACAAGUUAUUUCCUUGUGUAUUUAUUAUUACCAAUCAAAUUUUAGAGAACCAGCUAUCUUAGAGUAAGAAUUUCUGUCCUAAACAAUAUUCUCACCAAAAUUAACAGUAAAAAAUUGUUAAUCUAAAAGUUUUAUAAAAAAUAACUUUUAUAAUAUUGCUAAUACAUAUUUUCAUAACAUGUCAAACUUUAAAGUACACUGUAAUUUAGCAACCCUUAGCCUCAACAGUGGUUAAAUUGAAACACGCUCAUGCAACCCAGGGGACAUUGAAGCAUUUGUUUUCAGCUGCCAAAGAAAUUCUGUAUAUGCUAAUAAAUAUUCUCAAUCACCACCCCUAGGAUUCCUCUCCACUUUUUCCACAGUCAUAAAAUAAAAUCUCAUCUAUACAUUACAUAAAUCGGCAUGUUUGGCUAAAGCAUUAUUAAAGUUUUUCUUCCAAAUAUCGUAAUUAUGUUCAUAAAUCCUCUUCCUCAGGCAUCUUUCUGUUUUACCAAUAUAAAAACACAAGCAUCCUGAACAUUUGCUAAAUACUGGUAUAUUGGUAAAACAGUUGCCUCUUUUUAGAGUUCUAGCCGAAGACAAAAUAUUAUCUAAUCUAAUUUUCUAUCCUUCCAUAAUGUAAGGGCACUUAUUACAAGCUGCACAUUUCAAUAUUCCCUAUAAUUGUCCAAAGCAACUCAACUAAUUUUUUUUAAAUUAGCCAACGUUUUAAAUGUAAAAGCAGGUUCAUUACCUAAAAUAUUUUAAAAAAUCCCUUUGUUUGCUUUCAGAAUCUUUCAGUUCUGCUUGAUAAUGUUUUUAAUACCCUAUGAACAAUAACUAUAUUGAGCAACACAGGCUAUUUCUGAUUUGCCUGAACAACCAUCAUCAAAGUGUCUUUACUUAUGAGGCUGACCCCCAACAAGGGCUUGUACUUGGUCCCCCACAAGUUAGCAUUUCCAUUUAUUUUGUCAACAAUUGUUUUAGAAUACUCUCUUUUUAACAAACAUCUUUUGCAGUAACUGCAUCUCAGUCUGUAGAUCAUCCCAAUUGGAGAUCAUUCUGGCCACUCUAAUACUUUGUCUCCUCACUAAAGUCCCUUAAAAGAAAAGGGGCAAAAACUGUUGAAAUGCAAGUAAGAAUCGCUAAAUGUCGUUUUUUUAUAUAGCCUUAAUUUAAACCAAAAUUUCAGUGUGCUAAAUAUUGACAUCUAAAUAAUUUCUAUCGUUCUCAUCAAAACUAUGAAUAAAUUAAAAAAAAAAAAAAAAAAAA